AUGGACUUUAAGAUAUUGGUCUCAUUUCUUUUAAUUGCCCAUUCUUUGGCAAAACAUGAUAAAUAUAAUGGAUACACGGUAUACAACGUUGCUAUUCGUGAUCGGAAAGACAACGCCUUACUAGAUGCUAUUAAAGAUGACUUCCAUCUGGACAUCUGGAAAUUAGGCAAUCCAACUCGCGAUGCAGCAGUAAUGGUUCCACCGGAAUAUCAGGCUUCAUUUACAAAAGCUUUGCUUAACAAUGGAAUAGAGUAUAGAAUAAGAGAGAACAUCUUAAGCGCAUUAGGUGAAUUCGAAAAAGAAUGUAAUCUUUGGAAUCAAAGACGCAACAUCAAUGCGUACAUGGAAAGAUUAUCACGUGAUUAUCCUGAUAUCGUGACAUUAGUAACAGCUGGUCAGACUUUCGAAGGCCGAUCUGUUAAUUAUCUGAAGAUAUCUACAACGAAGUUCGAGGAUCAAACUAAGCCAAUAUACUUCAUGGACGCAGCGAUGCACUCCAGAGAGUGGUCGACCCCUCCAGUGGCUCUCUACACCAUGCACAGGCUGGUGGAAGAGUUACGGAAUGAAGACAGGGAUCUUCUACAGAAUGUUGACUGGAUUAUACUACCAGUUCAAAAUCCAGACGGCUAUGAGUUCACACAUACAGAUGAGCGAAUGUGGCGCAAAAACCGAUCAUUGAACGCGAGCGUCUCCAAUUGCAGCGGUGUCGAUCUAAACAGAAACUAUGACAUAUUCUUCGGCGAGUCCAACGCCUCCCAAGAUCCAUGCGCCGAGUCGUUCAGCGGCCGUUAUCCGUUUUCCGAAAUAGAAACCCAGAAUAUUAGAGAUAUACUCCAUACAUAUCUGGACCGUAUUCAAAUUUACAUGAAUAUUCAUAGUUAUGGAAGCUACGUGCUUUAUGGCUUCGAUAACGCCACUUUGCCGGCUAAUGUGGCGCGCAUACAUCAGGUCGGUGCAAGCAUUGGUGCUCAAAUUGAUACCAAGAAACUACCUGAAGCGUAUCAUUAUCAUGUUGGUAACAGUUAUUUUGUUUUGUAUCCGGCUUCGGGGACAUCGCAGGAUUAUGCGCAGGACAUCGGUGUACCAUUUUCGUUAACACUGGAAUUGCCUGAUUUUCAAAAAUAUGGUUUCCUUGUUCCACCAAAAUAUCUUCCUCAAAUAAAUGAAGAAACUUGGAUGGGUAUUGCAACUGCAGCGAGACUUUCCAUGUUAUUUUAUAAAGAAAGAAUAAAUUAA